CCCAACUCCCCAACUCCAAACACACUCCCCUCUUUGAUCUCAAAGCUCAAAACUUUAUAAACCCUAAACCCAGUAAUCCAAAUUCCAAAACCCACCUCAAUUGUUUACCAAAGCAAAUGGCUUUAGCAAUUUCCCAUGCUCUUCUCUGCCCCAAAUUGCAGUUUCCCCAAAGGAGCUUCCGCCCUAAAGCUCCACCUAUGAGUUUCUCUCCUCCCAAUUUCAGAGCAAUUCCACAGAAUAGAAGGAUAGUGUUGGCCGCGGCGUCUGCAGCUGGAAGUUCUAAUUCGGACAGUGAUUUGAAUCCGUAUGAGGUUCUGGGUGUGAACCCAAUUCAGGGGUUUGACAAGAUCAAGUUAGCGUAUAAGAGAAAACACAAGGAGGCUAUGAGCAACGGCGAUGAAGAAGCUGCUGCUAGACUGGAGAAAGCAUAUGACAAACUCAUGAUGUCACAACUGACAACCAGGAAGAAAGGCAUGACAUUUGGAUCUUUCGAGGUUUCAAAGGAUAUAAAAUAUGCUGAUAAGCAACCGAUUGUACCAUGGGGGCCUAGGUUCACCAAGUCCAGUGUAAAAGAUAUGCGUAUCAACCUGGCAAUUUCUGCAGUUUUUGUGGCUUGGAUUCUUAUUAUGCGCAAUGCUGACUAUAAACCCCUCCAAUUCUUAACCUUUGCAUUCGUUUAUCGCCUUUUUGAGAAGUUGAAAUCCUUUGAACGACCUGUAACUCCAACAUAUACAGAAGAGGGUGAGGAAGUAGGGAAGGGACUGCAAAUGGGAAAACGGCUGCUUCGUUCUCUUGGACUAGUCUUUGGCUGUAUAGCUGUUGCUUCUUUGGGAUAUACCGGUUCUUUGAAUGUGAUUGAGUAUGUGACUAGUUACGUACCUGCAAUUCUAUACAACAACCAGGAAUUGAUAAUCACCUCGGUAACAGCAGUCAUGCUCUACAUUAUGGCAUCGUAUUACAGGUGAUAAAACCUGUUUAUGGCAUGGGGUGAGUUAUCAUGAGCGAACUACAGGUGAAAACCAGAAAUCUGAAAUUUUGAGAGAAAAAGUAGUUUGAAUUCAAUUACUAUCACAUGUAAAUACCAACUGAGUAGAGUUGGUUGGUCUUUUGAGUUGUCAAUGACUGAUGUAGAACAAAGUGAUAUGCAAUAAUGGGCAUAAUCUUUUCUGAGA